GUUUCCUAAGUCACCUCCUCUAGGGCACAACAUAUACUUAAAACAGGGAGUGUUUUUAACACACAGGCCGAGAUCAGAUGUCCUCCGUGGCUGGGCUUGCCGGUGUCCACACCAUGAGGAGCAGGUGUCUGAAACUGCUGCCAGAACUGUCAGUGUUGCUGUUGCUGCCAUGGGUGGCCACGGCCCAGAAAGAUACAGCCUGUAUUCGAUGGUGCCCUCCAAACCCUCCGUGUGUCAAUGCCCAUGCCUGUUCCUGCGCUCCAGGAUUCAGGUCUGCACCUCUGAACGUCUUCACCGGCCACUUGGAGAGCUGCGAUGACAUCAAGGAGUGUAGACCAUCCUCGAGAGUGUCCUGUGGAGUAUAUUUAGACUGCGAAGACUUCAUGGAGAGCUACUGCACUUGCAGCCCAGGCUACAGACCUGUUUCCAAGGCAAUGUUCCACAUUGAUCCUCACAAACCGUGUGAUAUCCCAGGACUCAUUUUGCAGCUGCUUUUGACAUUGGUUGCUGCAGAGAAAAACCGAAAUGCCUCGACCUCCAUGGCCUGUGCUCCGUGGUGCCCCCCGCAGUCCACGUGUGUCAACGCCACUGCCUGUCGCUGUGCUCAGGGAUUCAGCUCUUCAUCUGGGGAGAUUGUCACCAAAGCUUCGGAGACAUGCGAUGACAUCAAUGAAUGUGAAUCACCCUCCACAGUGUCCUGUGGAAAAUUUGCCAACUGCCAGAACACAGAAGGGAGCUAUUACUGCAGGUGCAACUCAGGAUAUAGGCUUGUUUCUGGGGCCGCACGAUUCUCGAAUGAAAGUGAGAACACAUGUCAAGGUGAGGGUCUCCUUGUGUUUUCUGCCUCCUUGGAAGUGGGGGGUUCAAGGGCGGGCCCAUCUUCCCUGGCCAGCCCUGUCAUGUCCAACAACCCCUUUCACGACGUGAGGACAACACAGAUGAUCAGGACUCAGAAGAAUGUUGUCUUGGAUCUGAGCAGGACGACACGGACCCCACCACUCACAGGCAAACUUGCAGGGACCUCCUUUCCCAUCUGGAUUGCAGCCCCUAGAAUCAAAAACAAGCGGUUUUCCCACUUCUCCAAAAAAAUUGAUGAUUUGCGCAAAAACUUUAUACCAGCCUUGGCUAUGGACACCAUCCAGAACAUCAUACAGGCAGUUGAUGACCUGCUGGACGAGCCUGAGGACCUGAAGACCUGGCCCCGCUCAGAGCAGCACUGUGUGGCCAGCAACCUGCUCUUGAACAUGGAGCAUGUCUUGAGAGAGCUGAGCAAGGCCCCGCCCAAUAAGUCACUGACCUUUAAUACAGCUGGAGGCACAAAACUGUCCCUGGAGGUGGAGGAGCGAGGACAAAGGAAUGUCAGCUUGAGUGUCAAUCAGGCAAAGAUGCUGCUGAGCUGGGAUUCAGUACAGGAAUCUGGUGACUCAGGCCCUUCUGUGGUGGGCCUCAUCUCUACUCCAGGGAUGGGCAGCUUGCUGGCUGGGGCCCCCCUCGUCCUGGAGACUGAGGGGCAGGCAGUUCCGCAUGAGACCCACAGGGGCUUGCUGCAGGGGGUCUCCCCCGUCCUGCUCUCAGAUGUCAUCUCCGUCUUUGUGAGCAACAAGCACACCCAGAACCUCAGCUCCCCAGUCAGCUUUGUCUUCCAGCACUCGGAGACCCCUGGGCCAAGGCAGCAGGUGCUCUGUGUGUUCUGGGAGCAUGGCCAGAAUGGGAGUGGCCACUGGGCCACCAAAGGCUGCAGGAUGGUGGGCAGCAGCGGCACCAGCACCACCUGCCAAUGCACCCACCUCAGCAGCUUUGCCGUCCUCAUGGCCCCGUACGAUGCGCAGGAGGAGGAUGCCGCCCUGGCUGUGAUCACCCAGGUGGGGCUGAGCCUCUCCCUGCUGUGCCUCCUCCUGGCGGCCCUCACCUUCCUGCUGUGCAAAGCCAUCCAGAACACCAGCACCUCCCUCCACCUGCAGCUCUGCAUCUGCCUCUUCCUGGCGCACCUGCUCUUCCUCACGGCCAUCGACAGAACCGAACACAAGGUGCUGUGUGCCAUCAUCGCGGGUGCCUUGCACUACCUCUACCUGGCCGCCUUCACCUGGAUGCUGCUGGAGGGCCUGCACCUCUUCCUCACCGCACGCAACCUGACGGCGGUCAACUACUCCAGCGUGAGCAGGUUCAUGAAGAAGUUCAUGUUCCCUGUGGGCUACGGAGUCCCGGCUGUGAUUGUGGUCAUUUCCGCAGCUUCCAGGCCUCACCUUUAUGGAACAGCUGCCCGAUGCUGGCUCCACACAGAAGAGAAAUUUAUAUGGACCUUCCUUGGCCCCGUCUGCACCAUCAUCUCUGUUAACUUGGCUUUCUUCCUGAUGACCAUCUGGAUUCUGAAAAACAAGCUCUCCUCACUCAACAAGGAUGUGUCCACCCUCCAGAACACGAGGAUGCUGACGUUUAAAGCAAUGGCCCAGCUCUUCAUCCUGGGCUGCACGUGGUGUCUGGGAGUCCUGCAGGUGGGCCCAGCUGCCCGCGCCAUGGCCUAUCUCUUCACCAUCAUCAACAGCCUGCAGGGCGUCUUCAUCUUCCUGGUGUACUGCCUCCUCAGCCAGCAGGUCCGGGAGCAAUACAGGACAUGGUUGAGAGGGGUCAGGAAAGCCAGAGUGGACUCUGAGAAGUACACCCACUCCAGCAUGGCCAUGUCUGAAGCUUCCAAAGACAAUGUGGAGAAUUAAAUUAACAACUAAACCAGAUGAUCCUGUCUCCUGGAAAAUGAGGAAAACAUGGAACUGUCAUCCUUUGGGCAAGGAGUAUAGAAAAUACUUUUUUU